UCGCUAGGCGCCGGAGUGUGUGAGAAGCAUGGCGACUUCGGGUAAAUUAUUCUUCAAAACGUCUGUUCGGAACCGGGAAGCGAGAGAAUGUACAGAUGCUAAACCGGCGCACAGAAGGAAAGGAGCGGACGGUCCUUCCGGAUCUGUUUUCCGAAAAGGAGGAAGCGGUGGAUAUGAAAUAGGAGCGAAGGGAAGGGGUAGAGGGGGUCUGGGUGGAAGAGACAGAGGGCAGGCGACUAGACCCGGCAUCCAGGGAUUACAGAACCGUGGCCCAGAGGGUCGGAAUCCAAAGAAGACAAAGCACAGAUGGGUUCAACCGCAGCAGAAAGUGCUCUGGGGAAGUGCGAGCGAAGGUCACGGAUUUGCAUUGUGGAGAAAAAGAAAGGUUCAACUUGAGUAUAAAAAACUUCUAAGAAAGCAAAAGAAGGUCAGUGCGACUAAAGAAGUUCAGUACACGGAUAAUUAUCCUGAACAUUUAAAGCACCUUUACUUGGCUGAAGAAGAAAAGCUAAAAAAUCAAGAAAAAAGACGAAGACCAGAAACAGACAGCGCACAGGCAGAAGAGGAAUCCACAUCAGAGACACCCAGGAAGAAAUUUAAAAAGAAAACCUCAAACCAAAAAGCAAAAGAAGCAUACGAGAAAGUACAGCAAGAGCGUGCAAGUAAAAGAGAGGAAGCUGAAAAAAGAAGGAAAGAGCGAGAAGAAGCCCAGCGCCUAUACAAGAAAAAGAAAAUGGAAUCAUUUAAAAUACUCAGUGCAAAAACAAAGAAAGGACAGCCAAACUUUAAUUUACAGAUGGAAUACCUGCUUCAGAAGAUACAGCAGGACUCCUAAUAUAUUUUACAGUGCUUAUUAUGAGGUGCAUCAUCUUUGAUGCGUGAUUUGCUCUCAUAUGAGAGUUAUACACACAGUUUGUUUAUAGAAAUACAAACAUAUUAUAAAAUAUUCUGAAAAAAUAAACUGUUAAAAAUAUGGAUGCAUUAAAACAUAUGUGCACAUUUAUAUUGUGACUAAGGAGCCACCUUUGCUCAAAGCAUGAAAUCUUAACCUUUUGCCAGUAAAUCGACACUCUCAUAAAAUGCGUAAUUUAGUCUAUACAGUAUUGUCAUCUAUGCACAGUGGAAAAUAUAACAUCCUCCCCAAAAA